UAUUAAUAGUUUUAGUUGUGAUUAGAAAAGGUGAGCACUGAACUUAAAGGUGUCUGCCCGUGGUCUGAACACUUGGGAGGCAGAGACAGAAGAAGCAGGAAUUUGAGGCCAGCCUGAGCUCCAUGAGACCCUGUCUCAGCUUCCACUCUAAAGUAGGAAUGGUUGAGAGCUCUUGUGUUUCACUUGUGCUUUGUAGAUCAUAGUCACCAUCUUACUUACUCAUUUGUAGAUUAUAGUCACCAUCUUACUACUCAUUUGUAGAUCAUAGUCACCAUCUUACUACUCAUUUGUAGAUUAUAGUCACCAUCUUACUUAUUCAUUUUUUUAAGAUAGGGUCUGCCCAUAUAUAUAACUCGGGUUGUUCUGGAACUUGCUCUGUAGAUCUAGCUGGCCUCACUGUAUUCACAGAAAUCCACCUGCUUCUGCCUCCUGCGUGCUGAGGUUAAAGAUUAAAGGUGCCACAAUGUUUUGUAAUUUUUAACUGUUAAGUUGUUGCUAUCUCUGUGCUGGACUUCUGACAAACUGUAGUGUUUCAGUUAAUACCUGGGAGAGUUCUGUGUAUUGACACUGGAGAAUAAGGGAGAAAAUGAACAAGUUGUGAUAAUCUCAACCACCGUGAAAGCCUGCACUGCAGUUUUGUUUUCUUCUUUUUUUCCCAAGUCAUCAUUGGUUUUGAUCAGCAAGCUACCUUAUAUUCACUUUUUUAACACCGUACUCAAACAGAUAGCACCAGAGUAUUUUGAAAAAAAUGAACCUUGCUUGGAAGCAGCUUGUAAUGAUGUUGACCGAUGGCCUGCCCCAGUGCCAGGGAAAACUUUGCAUCUGCCUAUCAUGGGGGUCGUAAUGAAGGUCCGGAUUCCCACGUGUCAUGACAAGCCUGGGACCACUCAGAUGGCGCAGCUUACUCAGCAGGCAGACACCCACACAUCUAUUAUUUUACCUACUGUUCAUGAGGUGGAUCUUUUCAGGUGUUUCUGCCCAGUUUUCCUUCAUAGCCAAAUGCUGUGGGAGUUGGUGCUAUUGGGAGAGCCCCUUGUGGUAAUGGCACCAUCACCGUCCGAGUCUUCAGAAACUGUACUGGCCCUUGUUAACUGCAUUUCUCCAUUAAAGUACUUUAGUGAUUUUCGACCUUACUUCACAAUUCAUGACAGUGAAUUCAAAGAAUAUACUACCCGUACUCAAGCUCCGCCAUCAGUCAUCUUAGGAGUAACCAACCCUUUUUUUGCUAAAACACUACAACACUGGCCACACAUUAUUCGGAUAGGAGAUCUGAAACCUGCAGGUGAAAUUCCUAAGCAAGUUAAAGUUAAAAAAUUGAAGAACCUAAAAACUCUGGAUUCUAAACCUGGAGUUUAUACUUCUUACAAGCCAUAUCUAAACAGAGACGAGGAGAUUAUAAAACAACUCCAGAAGGGUGUACAGCAGAAACGCCCUUCUGAGGCUCAAAGUGCUAUUCUCCGACGCUAUUUUUUGGAACUGACACAAAGUUUCAUCAUUCCAUUAGAAAGGUACGUGGCCAGCUUGAUGCCUUUGCAGAAAAGUAUUUCUCCGUGGAAGAGUCCACCCCAGUUAAGACAGUUCCUUCCAGAAGAAUUUAUGAAAACACUUGAGAAAGCGGGUCCUCAGCUCACAUCUGGAAUAAAGGGCGAUUGGAUCGGACUUUACCGGCAGUUUCUAAAGUCUCCAAAUUUUGAUGGCUGGUUCAAGACGCGGCGGAAAGAAAUGACCCAAAAACUGGAGGCACUUCAUCUGGAAGCUCUUUGUGAAGAGGACCUCCUCCUCUGGAUCCAGAAACAUACAGAAGUAGAAACAGUAGACCUUGUGUUGAAGCUGAAAAAUAAGUUGUUGCAGGCUGACCGAGAGAACUUACCUGUGAAGCCUGACACUGUGGCGAAGUUGCGGACACACAUAGAUGCGAUUAUCUUAGCGUUGCCAGAGGACCUGCAAGGCAUACUGCUCAAGACUGGCAUGACAUGAUGCAAAAGGCUCCAGCCUGAAAGGACUGUGCACCAUGAAGCAAACUGACAUUUCUUCCACUGCACAAAGGAGCAGUUAGAGUGGCAGUAACAUGGGAAACAGCAGUAGGCGCUGGAUACAGGUGGAAAGACUGAGCCGUAGAGGACAUCUUUAGUGCGCUCUGCGGUUCCACAACACUGAAACACCGGGAGACAUUUCCCUAUUUUUCUCAUGUUCAGAAGUGCUCUUAAGAGAGACCUGUGGGGCCGUUGGCGUAAGUGACUCCAAACUGCAGUGCCGGCAUUGCAGAUAUUUUUUUUAAUUGGUGCUGCUUUGCCCAAUCAUGUUGAAACUCAGGGGAUAUAAAAAUAAUGUUCACACUGGCUGUCUUCUAAAGAAGGAAAAACUGAGUUUUCCAACUAUAGUUAGAUAUAACCGAGGCUUAUGUCGUGCCUUCCAUUGUCCUGUAUGUUUCACAAGGUCCAGCUGCUGAUUGUAAAGCUUUUUCUUUUUUUAAUUAUGAUACAAACUUUAGAAAGCAUUAUGUUGCGUAAUGGUUUCUCAGAAAGGUUUUUGUUGCCCUUUAUGUGGGUGGGUGAGUGCUUGAAAUCAUCGUGCAGGUUUCCAUUCCACUGUUUCCUCACCGUUUUCAAAACUGAGUCUCACGACUUUCUCCAGAAGGAGGAGGCGUGUGUGCUUCUAGUUAGGGAAGGGCGAUCUUCCCUUUGACUAACUAACUGGGCCAGUAUGAAUUAAUUAAUGUCUUGAAGACAUUCUCACUAUGAACGUCAUAGUAAGCUGUUCUUUUUAAAUAAUUACUUUUAUGUCAAAAGUAUUCAUAAGUCAUUCAUGUAAUAAUUAUUUGAGAAUUUUAAGUUUAAUUUCCAACAUUAUUUGUUGGGCGAUACUAUUUUCCCCUAAAUUAAUGAUUUCCAGAACACUUUUCCUUCUGCUGUUUGAUGUGGGAACUUUUGUCUAAAUCAAUAUUACAGUUUUGGGGUUUUUUUUUUGUUUUGUUUAUACUGCCUUGCCAAAAGUAGACUAGUAUUAUUUGGUGUGUUGAAGUUGUUUGGUUUGUGUUUAAAUGGGAGUGUCUGCAGAAGCCACUGUUCAAACAGGCACACAGGAAGUAGCACAUAUGUAAAUAGCUGUGUCUUGAGUACCCUCCAAACAGCCAAAAUUAGGUGGAUGUGUUUGUCAAAGAAGGACUUCAGAAGCCAUCUCUAGUUCUCUAUUGAUGUUAAAGGGCAUUCCUAAUCUAAGAACGAGUCCCUGUGCUUGUGACUGUGGUCUCAUCAUAGCUAAGUGUGCCCUUUAGCCAUGGAUACAGUCUCUUGAAGCAUACCACUGUCAUAGAAAGAACAUGGCACUUGGAGAGAAUCAUUUGUGUAGAUUGUAUGGGUUAUUUUGUGAAACAAUACUGACCUUUCAGAAAAAGGGCAACUACUUUUAUAUGCUAAAGUACUUCGUAUUCUGGGAAACUUUAUUUAGGUAGAAAUGAUCAUCUUAUUAUUUUUCAAAACAAUGUAUUUUAAUAAUUUCACAAUUUAUAUACAGUUUGUGACAUAAAUAUGGAAGUCAUUAGUGUUAUAUCAAGGAUCUUUUGAAAUAUACUUCUAUAAGAUAUAUCAUUUGGGAUUUAUUUUGCACACCUAAAGAAUAACAGGAGAUGUCAAUUAGCAUGGUAAUGCUGUCUUUACAUUACUACAUGUAACAGAAACUUAACACAUGUGAAAACCAAAUCAUACUCACCUACUCUGUCUCUUAAUUUCAAAUCAUGUACCUGUUAGAAUAGCUUAAGGUUGCAUCAGAAACUGAAUGGUAACAAUUUUUUAUGUGAUUUUCAGAAUUGUCUUUUUUAAAAAGUUUAGUAUUUAAACUGUGCCAUUUAAUGUAUUAUCUCCACCAGCAUAAGAAGGAAUCAGUGCUUUUAGGGUGUUACGUAAUGCCUAGUGCCUUCUAUUUACAGUGGAAAAGAGGUUUUGUGGGAGGCAUUUAUGGUCAUUACCAAAAGCUGAAUUAAAGCCUUGGAUUUUAAACACUUA